GAUCAUUCCUGAUUGAAAUGUCUACCCAGGAUUUCACAAUGGACCAGAACAUGAAUUUGGCGGAAUCUAACACUAUUACACCAGAAACUCUUAACUCAUCAGGUUCUACAGAAUCAGCCUCUAUUUUUCGUCCAGUUCCAUUGCAUCCCCUCGCAAUGAUCAACAAUACUCAGUUAAUCUCUGGUAAUCAAUCUCCUGCUUUACCAUUUGGAAUGUUGCCGCCGCUGCAGAACUUGCCAAUGUUGAACCCUCAACUUCCUUGGUUUUCGUGCCCACUGAUGCCCUCCUUGAACUCAUCAAAUAUUACAACGCCGUUGAUGCCUUUUAACCCAUGGUUACUGGGUCUAGGGCUGAACUUUUCUGGUCCAGCAGGCUUCAAUUUGAGCAAUUUAAAUUGUGCUACUCUAGAUAAUUCUAUGCUGCAGCAAGUUUCGAAUAUGGUACCGUCAUCUGUCCUUCUGCCGCAGAUGCCCCCUGUUCCAACGGCUCCGACUCAGUCAAAUGUAGCGCCUGAAUCUCGAAGUUUGCCAAUGUUGAACCCGCAGAUUCCUUGGUUUUCGUGCCCACUGAUGCCCUCCUUGAAUUCACCAAAUAUUACAACGCCGUUGAUGCCUUUCAACCCAUGGCUACUAGAUAAUUCUAUGCUACAGCAAGUUUCGAAUACGGUACCGUCAUCUCUCCUUCUGUCUCAGAUGCCCCCUGUUCCAACGGCUCCGGCUCAGUCAAAUGUAGCGCCUGAAUCUCAAGUAUUGUCUACCCUUGAUCAGGCAAAAAAUUCUUCAGCGGAUGAUUUGAGUCAGGAAGCGCAGCAUCCGGCAUCUGCCAUGGCUACCUCAAGUGAUGUGCCUCAAGAAAGACCGAUAUCUAUGGAUCGAACAGAAUGUGAGCGCGAAAAUAUUUCAGUUAAUGUACCUGAGAAA